GGAAAAGAAGGAAGUUGGAACCACCGUUUCUAACCUAAUAAACAUCUCUGUCUCGUUCCUUCUCCGCCGCCUUCAUCAUCCAUACAUUGCAAACAAACUCGACACCGAGAGAGAGAGGCCAAAUUCAAUAAUACCAAAACAGGCCGAAAAAGGCCAUUUGGUCUUCUUUCUCUCCCUCGAAUCUGCAUCUCAAUCCCUCAAGUUUCCUUAUUCGAGGGUCAGAUCCAAUAUAUAGCCAGCCAUUCCUCUGAAUCGUUCGUACGAUCUUGCGUAACUUCAUUAAUUUUGCGCUUAACUUCACUUUGACCUGUAGAAAUUAUGAGCUGAUUCGAUCGUUGUCGCUUGGAGCUGAGAAGUGCACUACUUCUUAUCGGGUAUAGCUAUUCAUCUUACUUGAAUUUUUUUGUGGAAUCGAGAUAUCGGCGGUUCCGAUCGAAGUUUAGGAUUUCUUCUGAAAAGGAAUGCCGCUGUUACCCAAGAGCGAGACGAUCCAGAUCCGCGAGGUAUGGGCCGAUAAUCUCGAAUCGGAGUUUUCCCUGAUCCGUGAGAUCGUCGACGACUUCCCGUAUGUUGCGAUGGACACGGAGUUCCCCGGGAUCGUUCUACGGCCCGUCGGGAACUUCGGGUCCAGCUACGAGUACCAUUACCAGACCCUAAAAGCCAACGUGGAUGUGCUCAAGCUGAUCCAGCUGGGGCUCACCUUCUCCGACGAGCGAGGCAACCUCCCCACCUGCGGGACCGGGCAGCACUUCAUCUGGCAGUUCAAUUUUCGUGAGUUCGAUCCCAACUCGGACGUCUUCGCCAACGAGUCGAUCGAGCUCCUGCGCCAGAGCGACAUAGAUUUCCGGAAGAACAACGAGAGAGGCGUCGAUGCGGUGCGCUUCGGGGAGUUGCUCAUGUCCUCUGGUGUCGUUUUGAACAACAGCGUCCACUGGGUGACCUUCCACAGCGGCUACGACUUCGGGUACUUGCUCAAGCUUCUGACGUGUCAGAAUCUACCGGAUACCCAGGUGGAGUUCUUUAAUUUGAUCAACACGUAUUUUCCGACGGUGUAUGAUAUCAAGCAUUUGAUGAAGUUUUGCAAUAGUUUGCACGGUGGGUUGAACAAGUUGGCGGAAUUGUUGGAGGUGGAGCGAGUUGGGGUUUGCCACCAGGCUGGAUCAGAUAGUUUGCUCACGUCGUGUGCCUUCAGGAAGUUGAAGGAAAAUUUCUUUAGUGGCUCGUUGGAGAAGUAUGCCGGCGUGCUGUACGGUUUAGGUGUUGACAGUGGACAGAGUACAAAUUGAAAAGAGAGAGUUUAAAUACAAAAAGAAGAAGAAGAAGAUAAAGAGAUAAGAAAUCAUGUUGUUCUAGCUGUAUGUUUGUGCCUCGUAUACCCACAUUUCUAUUGUACACUUCUUUGGAUAUAUUUUUGUGGAUAUUUCUCUUGUAUUCUCCACUGCUUUAGAUUAUAGCAAUUACUGAGUUUUGUGCUU